CGCCCAAGAAUGUGAGAGCAGAAGAGCUCCCGUGGGAGCGACAAAAGCAAGCGGCAGAGCGAUUCGUGAGGCUUUCCCGAGCAGGACAAGCUUUAGAAGAGGUGCCCACCGCCCUGCCCUCAUCUGAGAUGGCGGCCCCGGGGACGCUCUAGCCCGCGCCUCUCCGAGUCCGAGAGGGGGCGGUGUCCUCGCCGCUGGCUGGGAAGUGGCUGAUACACGGUCGCAGCGAGCGUGGGUUCCGCCCCAGCCCUUGGCGGCCUCGGGUGGGAGGACCGUGAGGGUCUCGGGCCUCUCCCCUGCUGUGCCUGGGGUCUCGGCGCCUUCCCCGGCCGGACCCCGCGCCUCGCGGCCGCCUCGGGCAGAACCGCCCCGGGCGCCGGCCGGCCGUAACUGCGCCUCGGGCCGGACGAUGCCCAAGAAGCUGCUGCUGCUGCCCCCGCUCUCCGCGUCCUCGACCCUCCGCGCCCCACGAGCCCGCCCCGCCGCCCGCCCGGCCAUGAACGCUGCCCGCACCGGCUACCGAGUCUUCUCGGCCAACUCCACGGCCGCCUGCACCGAGCUGGCCAAGCGCAUCACCGAGCGCCUUGGUGCUGAAUUGGGCAAAUCUGUGGUCUAUCAAGAGACCAAUGGAGAAACAAGAGUGGAAAUAAAAGAAUCGGUUCGUGGCCAAGAUAUUUUCAUUAUACAGACAAUACCCAGAGACGUGAACACAGCUGUGAUGGAGCUUCUGAUCAUGGCGUACGCACUGAAGACCGCCUGUGCCAGGAACAUUAUCGGGGUCAUCCCGUACUUCCCCUACAGCAAGCAGAGCAAGAUGAGGAAGCGGGGCUCCAUCGUGUGCAAGCUGCUGGCGUCCAUGCUGGCGAAGGCAGGUUUAACUCACAUUAUCACUAUGGAUCUUCAUCAAAAGGAAAUACAAGGCUUUUUCAGCUUUCCCGUGGACAACCUUAGAGCCUCACCUUUCCUGCUUCAGUAUAUCCAGGAAGAAAUUCCAAAUUACAGGAAUGCAGUCAUUGUAGCUAAGUCUCCUGAUGCUGCCAAAAGGGCCCAGUCAUACGCUGAGAGACUGCGUCUGGGGUUGGCCGUGAUCCACGGAGAGGCUCAGUGCACAGAGCUGGACAUGGACGACGGUCGCCAUUCUCCCCCGAUGGUCAAAAAUGCUACUGUCCAUCCGGGUCUGGAGUUGCCGUUGAUGAUGGCCAAAGAGAAGCCACCAAUAACUGUAGUCGGAGAUGUUGGCGGGCGCAUCGCGAUCAUAGUGGACGACAUUAUUGACGAUGUGGAAAGUUUUGUUGCUGCUGCAGAGAUCCUGAAAGAGAGAGGUGCUUACAAGAUCUACGUCAUGGCCACUCACGGCAUCCUAUCAGCGGAGGCCCCCCGCCUCAUCGAGGAGUCCUCCAUCGACGAGGUAGUGGUGACGAACACGGUCCCUCACGAGGUGCAGAAGCUGCAGUGUCCCAAGAUAAAGACCGUGGAUAUCAGUCUGAUUCUCUCUGAAGCGAUUCGGAGAAUCCACAAUGGGGAGUCCAUGGCAUACCUUUUCCGAAACAUCACCGUGGAUGACUAGCUGUCGCCGUUGCCGUGACCGCGAACUCCUGAGGAAAACGUGUGGAGAGCCGUGCCAUCAACUUACGUACACAGUGUUUCAAGGGAGGCAUGGAAGUAGCCUGAAGUCAGACAGUCUGUCUCACCCAGUUGGGUAGGUAGGAGCCAUUAAGAUAGUCAAGGGGAAGACAGAGCUGAUGGAUAAACGGCCUUAAAUGUCUGCCAUCACCAUCCUGGUCCUUAAACAAAAGUUAGUUUCCUGAAAAGAAUUCCCAAAUUUUGUUUGAUACUGAAAAGGAGUUAAGGGCAGAUGGUCCGAGCUCUUUAAUAUUGGCCUAUUUCCACUGCAGGGAAAUGUGUGUCAACGUUGAACUUGGUUAGGGAAGCUGAGUGCCCUGGUGCUGUUUCCAGUCUAGUUGUCCUCUCCCCAGUCAGCCUCACGUACAUCUUUUGUAGAAAACCCUGUUUUUCUUUGAGAAGCUGCCGUGCCUACAGCCACCGAACAACAAAGCCUUUGUGGCAUUACCCCAGCGAGGAGGUCAGAUUAGAGAGUAGCCCCCUAUCUCUGGAUCCCUGCGAAGCUCUUCAAUGGCAAAUAAAAGAGUUUGUUGUCUUGCAA